AUGAAACAAAAAAGGAUUUUAGACAUUUUUAUUUUAAUAUUAUUUAUAAUAAUUUUACAACAAAAUUUUGUUUUAUCCUCAAUAGUUGUUAAAGAAGAAGAUUCCUCCGAAGAAAAACAACAAGAAAUGGAAAAUAAAAAAAGAGUUUUAUGUCCAUUAAAUGAAAAUGUUAUUUGUAAUGAGGAAGAUGAAAGGGAAUUUCAUUGUGUUUGUACAAUGUUUGGAUCAAGUGAUCCAGCCCCAGAACAAACAUGUAGUCGUUUACUCAAUUUUACAAAUAAAAGAGACAACUAUUUUGAAGCAAUUUCUGUAAAGCUUCGUCUUAAACAAUUAUUUUUCCCACAAAAUGAAAGCAAAGAAAAAGGAAGUAAUUGGGCAGAUAAUUAUUUGGAAGAAAAAUUUAAAACCCAAAUAAGUGGAAACUUUAAAAUUCCUAAAAGAAAUAUAAUAUUUCUUCGACUUCGCUGUUUAGAAGAUGAAAAUGAAGGAAAAUUAAAAACCUCAAAAAAUGAUGAAAAAGUAAUUGUUCAAUUUGUUGUUUUGCGUAAAAAUAAAAAAAGAAAUAUUUUACCUCCACUUUCUCAAAAUGAUUUAAUAUCAGCAAGUACUGUGGUUAGUAGACUUAAAGGAAUGAAUGAGAUACAAAGACUUGGUGGAUUUGAAAUUAUACACGUUGAAAAGGUUGACGAACUUUUGCCUGUUGAAUUAAAUUUUGAUAAUUCUCGUUUAAUUAUUCAAGCUAUAGCUGUUGGCAUUUUUAUUAUUUUAACAUGUUUGUGUGGUAUUUGGGUAACUCUUCGGAGACGUAGUCCAGAAGAGGAUGGAUAUUCUGAUGUUGAAGAACAAAAAACAAUAAAAUAA